AACAGUGCAGUGCGUCAGAUUUGGAGAGCACCGUCUGUAACAGAAACAUGCUGAACAAUCUGGGCCCUGUCGGUAUUAAGGAGAUGUGCGGGGAAGACUUAAAAAGGCACCAAGGCGAUCUCAAAGUGCUGGAUCAGCCACGUCUGAGCGCGCUAUGCGAAGGCGGACUCUCCGGCCUAGGUGGGUCUGUGGGCAACAAUUCGAACGAUGGAGACAAACCUUCCAAGCAGAAGAGGCACAGGACGAGGUUCACUCCUGCCCAACUGAACGAGCUGGAAAGGUGCUUUUCGAAAACUCACUACCCGGACAUCUUCAUGAGGGAGGAGAUAGCCAUGAGGAUCGGUCUCACCGAGUCGAGGGUACAGGUUUGGUUUCAAAACAGGAGAGCGAAGUGGAAGAAGAGGAAGAAGACCACCAACGUCUUCCGAACACCUGGUGCUCUGCUGCCGUCGCACGGACUCCCACCAUUUGGGGCGAUGGGCGAUGGUCUGUGUGGAUCAAGUAUGUUUAGUACCUCCGAAUCGAGAUGGGGCGUUGCUGGUAUGGCAACAGGUCUAGGCCAACUGGGUCAAGGUUCUAUGGGUGGAUUUGGCCAGUCCUUAGGGCAACUAAACCAAAGUUCGGGACUAAGUCCCGCUUUGCCAAUAAGUACUGCAAGUACCGUUUAUCAAGCCCACUAUGGUCUGAAUUCCCUAGGUGAUAGCAUGAUGACGUACUGCAACAGCGGUGGGGGAGCCGGCAGCGGCAACGGGGGGACGGGGAGCUCGCCGCCCCCGCAAAUCCCGUGCUCGAGCGCGGCCACCCCGCCAGUGGCGGCGGGCACCUCCCCCAACGGCGAGGAGGAGGACGUGUGGCGCGGCCACAGCAUCGCGGCGCUCAGACGGAGGGCCUCCGAGCUGAACGCCGCCAUCCCGUCUUAUCUCCAGAUCAACUACGACACACACAAUAACGCUUCUGUAUAUUAA